AUAUGUUUGUACGCAUUUUCUAAAAUGCUGAAAAUAUUCAUAAAAUUCUUUUGCAAGGUCCUUAGAAUAUGCCUGAGCGACGUAUGAAUGGCGAAUUGCGCAUGGUCCACUACGGUGACAACUCUGUAAUCUAUGGUUCAAGAGUCCUCGGUCUCCCGGCACCACCGCCAGCCCGUGUCGUGCAACCAAAGCGGUAGGUCUAGACGACACAGUCAGUGUAACUAAUCCAGUAUAGUCGUACCUUACUGCCUAUAUCGCAUCUUGUCAUUUCUAUAGUCACCACCCACGUCCACCCAAGGCAAUGGUUAAAGGAACUAUGGCUGUUUCGUUAUUAAGUGUAGUAGUAAUUGUAUUGUUUUUCGUCAUGUGUUACUUAAUGAGUAAUGUUAAUCCACCACCGUUGAAGAAUGAUGACACAAGAGAGGAGCAUCGCUCUAAUGAGUUACAGUUUGAAAACGUAAUAUUUGAUGACGUACCGCCCCCGGGAGAUAUGCCUCAGUACGGAUUAGAAAAGGUUGAAGUUGAUUCGGUAGAACUAGUUACACCGAUCGAACCAACCGAAUCAGAACAACAAGUUACCAUUGGUAACUACAGUUUGUGGAGGUUCACCACAAGAAAAGUCAUACCUCCACUCUGGCCGCGUACUACAGCACCUAGCGUAAUACCAACAAACACACCAACUAAACAAGUGACCUCAAAUAAUACACACGGCUUGGACAAAAAAGAAAAAGAACAGUCAGAAGCUUUGCCCAUAAAAGGUCAUAGAAGAUCAAUAAGCGGUUUAAAAAAUGAUGAUGACAAACCCGCAUUCGUUAUUUUAAAAAUACUAGACACUAGCGGAGAAUCAAGAAUAGAAAUUAAACUAGGCCAUGAAAAUUCAUCUAAAAGAAGAAAAAAUAGGGACAAUAAAUCGAAAAAUAAGUUCAAAUUCAGUAUGUCCCUGCCUAACAAUAAUGAUCAAAUAAAAAAACGAGUUUUAGCCAGAAAUACAAUAAUAAGUAUAAUGCCAAACGAUUCCAUAAUUAUUGACGAAUACGAACGUGUUAUAAGUGACGGUAAGAAAAAACCAAAGGAAAUUAUGAAAAUUGAAGAAAAAGUUGCCAACGACAUAAAAUCUAUGAUUGGAAUCCCUAAUGUUACAAAUAGAACAAUACGUAAUAUUACAGAUUACGAAGAUGUCUUGUUCACGAAGACCAGUGACAAUACGGGUAUUGUAACAACAUCAAUAGUUACAAGCAGAGAUGUAACAUAUGAAGAUACAUUCUUAAACAACGAUGUAGGCUUAACAACAGAUAAAGACAUUGCGAAAAAUGUAACUAAUACAGGUGAAACUGAAACUGAACCACGCAGUACUCUUAAAAUGGACGUAGUUUAUCCAACCACUUCGGUUGCAGUAACAACUGAAAACCAGGAAUAUUCUAUAAUACCGACGUUGAGUAUAUUUCAAAGUGAAGAUGUAUCGAAUAACGAUAUAUCAAAUACAUUUCUAGAUGACUUCACAAGUGUCAAAAAUGCUACGGAAGUAUUUAAAGCAGUAGCUAACGUUAGCUUUGAUGACAAUGUCAGCAAGACAACACCAGUAAACGAACAGGAUAUUAAUUUAAUAGCUGACGUGAGUGUUCUGAUGGACAAUCCCAGCUCCGUUUCAGAUUUGCCCAUAGCCAAUGUGGAGUCGUUUGAUUUACUAUCGAAACUAGACGCUCUAAGUGAGAAUUCAACUCUAACCUCUAUAGAAUCGAUAUCUCACGAGAAUAGCUCUGAUUCUACAACAAAUAUUGCAAUUACCAAAGGAAAUGCCACGGUUCUAACAACAAUCUUAACAUUUCAAGAUGAAUUACAAAGAGCUACAAUAUCAAAUGUAGCUAUCCAAAAUGAUAAUUCUAUUUUAUUAGCUACAAAUCAUAAUGAAGAUUUAGCACUUACAACAGCUGAUAUGACGGUUCCAAAUGAGAAUGCAAAUGUUGAGAAUAAAACUAGAAACAAUUUAGUUUAAUGAGUCAAAUUCAUGUUGUUGAUUUGUCAUGUGAAAAGUGUAAGAAGGUUGAGGGGAAAAGUAAUUUAACAAGUAAACACAAUAAAUCUAUUUUUUGGAAAAAAUAUUUUCUUUUUGUCAUAUAAGUGUUUUCAUUUGAGUGUAACCCACGACAUUAGAACUGACUUCAUUCCAACAUAAUGAAUUAAUUUGUUCUGAAAUAUCUCAAACAAAUUCGCUAAUACAUAAUUGCAAAAGAAUUUCGCUCCAAGACCCAACAAUCACGACCAUUUACGAAAUAUCAAACAAUCGGAAUCAAACAAGCUUUUCAACUGCAUUAACGUGCGUAUUCGGCCUUGCAAUACAUUUUUUAACACUAUAAUAAGAUAAACUGCAUUUACAUUAUACAAUAAAGUUAAAAUUAAUAGGUGUUCUCGAGACACGUGUUCGGAGCUAGUUUCCAAACACGAAACGGCUUUAUCAAUCAGUGAAUGUUGGAGCGAACAUUGUGAAACAUUGCUAACCUAUGUUUAAACGUUUGCUAUGAUUUUGUAUGUUGUUUGGCC